AUACAGUGGAGUGCUUAGACUACUGCCUACUAGAUAUUAAUGAUUACUCAUGGUCGUCUCGAAAAAAUAAGAGGCGAGCACAAAGAAGUCAACUGGUUUUUACAAACCUUAAACGAAUGUAUUGGUUACUGAAUGCGGCUAUUUAGAAAGACAAGGUCAUAUCGGUUAUUUUUACAGUAUUUCAUUAGACGUAUGCAAGACGAACAAGCAGUCAGGAGGAUAUUUGAAACGUAAACGUUGACAUUACUUUAGUCACGCCUAUUUCAGAGUAGACAGGAACAGGGACGGAAAUAUUGAUCACCAAGAGCUACAGCUAGCACUAUCAAAUGGUAUGCAAACGUGUUGCUUAGUUACAGGAAUUUUACUGCUUUGUCUCAUCAUAAGGACUUAAAAAAGAACUAGUUGAAAUUUAUAAAAGGUGUUAUUCUUUCAAAUUAUCCUUUUAACUAUUCAACCUUCAAGAAACUUAAGCCAUUUAAGAGUUGAUGUACACCGAUUUGAACCUUACAUAUGUAAAAUGUCUUCAUAUCAGUUGGGCAUUUCGUGAAUAUGAUAGACUCCGUAAUGGCUUGUAUUUUCAGACAAUGCACUUUAGCAGUCUGAUAACACAGCAUUAAAACUUAAGUAUCAGGACUGGAUAGUCGUGGUACUUGAUAGCGUGAAACUGGAAAUAAGAUAUGUCGUAAUCCUCACAAACUAGAAUUAAUCCCAAUAACGAGUAUCUUUGGUUAUGAAGACCGAAUCGGUUAUUAGAUAACGCAUUGUGUGUCUCAUCACGACCAAAAGUAUCUUGCCGUCGGAUGUGUGGAAUCACUAAUGAUGUCUACGAAGUUUAAGGCAGGUGUGUUAAAGUCCUAUACAAUCAAUAGCUGACUUUCGCUGUCGUGUUCAUUAUGUCUUAACACAAAGUGUUUAGAUGAACAAAGAAGAACAGAAUAAGACUUACCACCUAUGCGAUGUACAACGGUCAAGUGUGAGUUAACACUGGGUGUCCCCCCCCUAAUUUUUGGCGCUGUGAGGUUUACAAGUUAAAAUUUUGUCUAAAGAGUUCCUAUGCAUAGCAAUACCCCACCUACUUUGCAACUUUCUCUAUCGAUUCAUAGAUACCUCUAACCCAACAAUAUGUAAGCAGUGUUCUUUCAUCGAUCUAUCGGCAACAAUGGUGAAUAUACUUUGUUCACACUCUAACUCUUCUGGUUCAGUGAAUUUACUUCCAGGACUUCCAGCGUUCACAAACAAAGCUUUUUGUUUUUACGGUUUAUCCAUAUAAUCCCUAGUAGAAUUCACCAAGGUUUAUUUUCCUAAAAAUUACAGCAAGAAUCUGCUACUUUUAUGUUUAUGUUCAAGUAAAUGAGCUCGGUAAUUGCUGUUAAAUGUUAUAAAGAUUUUACGAAUGUUUUCUGACUGAGUUCUUUCAUCGUGAAGUCUUACGGUAGCUAAACAGUGAAGUCGAAUUUGUUGUAAUCACGUUAGUUUGUAUAGUUUUUGCAUGACAACAACUUUCUUUUAAUGAUAUUUUGACAAUUUCUGUCUUUUAUUAUAUUAGUCAAUAUUUCAGGAUUAGAAAUAUUUCUGAGUUAAUGACUAUCCUGCUUAUUUCUAAAGGUAUAGGUACUCCGUUCAACUCUAGAACUGUCCAGCUGAUGAUUUCAAUGUUUGACCAAGACAGGAAUGGAACCAUUGAUUUGAGAGAGUUCGUCUAUUUAUUUAAAUAUGUUCAGGAUUGGCAACGGUGUUUUCGUCAAUAUGAUCAGGACAGAUCUGGAUUAAUCGAUGCUCGAGAGUUCCAAAGUGCAUUGUCUUGUUUUGGUUAUCGACUCUCUCCUUCUUUUAUAAAAAUGAUGAUCAGUCGUUUCGACCGUAAUAAACAAGGACAAAUCGCCUUCGAUGACUUUAUUUAUGCUUGUGUAUGUCUCCAAAUUCUCACGAACUGCUUUAGACGGUAUGAUUUAAAUAGGAAUGGAUAUGCACAAUUCAGUUUUGAAGAAUUUUUGUCUUCUGCUAUGUCUAUAAUCAUUUAAUAAAUAAAAACCAAUUGGUUCCUGUACAGAAGAAAAAUACAGAUGACCAUUAUCAAUAACUUCAUUUCUGCAUUGUUUACUCGACCUUCCUUCCUUCCUUUAUUGAAUAAGUAAAUAAAUAACAAAAAAUUGAACAAAGGAGAGAGAUAAGCAUAAUUAUAAUUUCUUCAGUAAUCUAAAUUAACUUUCAUUUAUUGCAUGAGAAAGAAAAAAAAGAUGAUACUUUACUAUUUUGUUGCUUCCCACUGAAAAAUUCCAUAAAACAACUCUCCUACACUUACUCAAUUGUUUUAUUAUGUAAGCUUUUGACUAUAAACACUAUUAACAAUUUGUAGUUCUAUUUUCUAAUUGCUUCGAUUUUGGAUAACUUUUUUUUGUUAGUUUUGCUGUUUGUUUUUGUUUGAAAAGACCAAUAUUGUUUUUACUUUAUUGUCUUUUUUGUUUACUUUGUGAAUAUCCAAAAUAGUUGCACAUAAACACUUACUUUUCAUUCACUUGAUAGGAGGUUAUCAUUUAUAUGAUCCAUUCAAAUUAUAGCGGAUUGAUAGCCAAAUAAAAUCAAUAUUUGUAAUACACGGUGCAUAUGUGUAGCUUACAGAUAUGUCCGUAAUGUCGUACAGAGUUUAACCCCCCCCCAAAAUGCCCUGGUACGGC